CUGCAAAACCGGAUUAAUUAGCGGUUUCAAGAGCUGAAAAUAAUGGCUGGAGGACAGCUUCUGGAAUGGAGUUGGAACGUCGAGUGGUGAUGGGGGUUUCUCGUGAUUGAAGAGAAUAUAUUGGAUGUGGAAUUGAAAAGUCCUCGUCAAAUAAAUCAAGCUAACCUAGCUGCACCGUAAAUGACGUCUCUGUAUACCCAGCUCUCAAAUUUUCAAGCGUUUCAUGUAUCGGAAUGAUUGGAAAAUGGAUCUGGAUGUUGCAACAAGAUAUUUACCACCUCUAGUCCAGGGGAAAAUUCACGGAUACCUGAAAAUGGUGAUCAGUGAAGUGAUUUGGCAUCGGACACGGCCAGGGGAUGUCACUGUCAUUGCAACCUGGUGGGGUGAGACUGACAGUGCUCAUUUCAGACCGGUGGACCCGGCCAUGUCCAGCACUCGUACGACAGCGGAGACCACCGAGAUCUACGCAAUAAGAACAAACUUGGAUUUGUUCGAGGAGUACCUAACGAAUUGUUGUACUGUAGACCUCCUGAUAAUCUCCGAACCCCUGAACGAAGUCGUCGGCACAGCGCGAAUAUCUGACCUCCCGGAAAUCUUCCGAGGAAAACCGUACAUCGAAUACUGCAGUAUAACCAACAAAGUGGGAACAAAAAUCGGAGACAUUCCAGUUCACCUGGAGCUAUGCGAAGCCCACAGGGCCCCCAGGAAGUCAAAGGACACCAGAUCCUCCCUAGCAACCCCCUCAUCGCUUCUAGGCCUCGACCUAGGUGUCCGCGAGUUGACCAUCUCCCCGAAGAAGCCUCACACUCACAAUAUUUCCCCCACCAUCGAAAGAGACAUCUUCAGCCCUGAAGACCACGUCUACCGCUCGAUUCUGAAGGAAAAAAGGUUCAGUACGAACAGAACGACCGAGAAACUUCCCUCCAAGGUUACCGACAAGCUAGUGGCUCAGGUAGUUGCUAAAGCCCAGAAGCUCCGAGGAAUUUUGCUGAAGGAAACCAGAGAAGAGGAUUCACCAGACACAAACGAAAAUUCCCUGGAGGGUAAUCACCCAGAGAACAGCCCUGAGGACCUCUACAAGUACUUCAUGGGCUCUAGCAUGUCCCAAAAGGAGGAAAAACGAGCACUGGAGAAGUUACGAUCAUCAUCACCGACCCCAAGUCUCAUAGACAUGGCGACAGACACGAUAACCUCCUGCAGGAACGACAGACCAGCUGAUCGUUGCUGGUCUCGAGGAACUACUGAGGAUCUCCCAGAUGAAUUGAACGAGGAAAUCCUAUCAAAUCGUCUGCGAGUCCAGCAGAAGGAGGCGACCCCCAUGGACUACGUCGAUAGCCUCCGGAUAUUCAUCGACUCCUUGUCACUGACUCCAGCCGGAUACAGAAGAGUCAAGUCUUCCUGUCUGUGUCGAGGCGAUGGUGUUCCCAUAUCAGUUACCUACUUCGUGCAGUACGACGCGGCCUUCGGGAACGUGAAGAAGUACAACAAGAAGGUGAUUAACGAGGGCAAAAAGCCAGUGAAGAUAUCUUCGAGACGACAGGACGGUCAGACAAUUAAUUUUCAUCACGAGGCAGUCUACAGUCUCCCUCGUUCGCACCUUCAUCUCCAGAUGAACACACCCCUGAGAUUCAAGAUAUUCAAUCGUCACCUGGAGCAGAGGACCCCCACGGAGCUCGGGGUGGGGUCAAUGUACAUCAGGGACGCUGUCAACUCCUCCCACCUGAGCUCCACGCAAAAGCUGGCGGUGGUGAAGAAGGGGAUAAAGAUAGGGGAGCUCAGGGUGACGAUUGAGCUUGGAAGUGAUAGAAUUCACUUCGGGAAGCAGUUCAUCGACGCGGUGACCAUGGCCAAGGAGAACAUCCCAGUGCUGGAGCUGUCCCAGGGGAAUCAUCACAGGUGCACUACUGGAGAAGAGUCCAAAACGAGUGGAACGAGCGCAGGAAUCGCAACGAUUCCGGAUCGUAGGGACUUUGGCAGGCGUGAGGGAAGUGGUGAGGCCUCGUCUGCUGGGAGGGACAUGGAGAGGGCUGAUGAGAGACUGAAAACAGAUGUUCCAGUGCGUCCAGAUGAGAAAACCCUUCUCCAUGGACUGAUUCACAUAGUCGAAGGGAGAAAUAUUCCAACUGUGAGCAGUUACAUCGUCUGUCGCGCCCUCUGGCGACAGGACAAAUCCUCGAGUCGUCUGUGCACUGGGACUACCCCUCAAUACAACUUCCACCAGAUAAUGCCAUUGAUUUAUGGUCCAGAGUUGCUGGAGAGAACCAAGGACAACUGCAUAAUCACCGAGAUCUACUCCAAGAGCCCCAUUGGUGUGGACAGUCUCAUAGGUAUCUCGAAGCUGUCAGUUCACCAGUUGUACGUGGCCUUCAGAGAUCCCCUGGUUCUUCCAAAUCUCCUCAAGUCUCGGUUUCCAGUGAUAAGUGUCGACGAUUGGGUCCCGAUAACAAAUCCAGUCACUGGUAGACUCUGUGGAGAGCUAUCAGCCCUGGUGGCUCUUGGCACUGCUGAUCAGAUAGCCCUCCUGGAGAUGACGAGGGAUCUUCGGGGGAGAAAUACCCCUGAUGACGACCUCAGGGAACAUUUGAAUCUCCAUGGAGACACCAGAGAGCUCGGGGUUCGCAGUCAGGAGUGUCAGACCGAGAUCUCAACUGUUUCAGACAUGAAAAGUUCAGAUUCGAGAUUCAAAAUAGCGGAGGAAUUCAGAGGGGAACAGACAGCUGUUCUUCACACAAUUGUUGAUAAACUUGCUCAGGCCCUGACUGCCCCCAGAGUCAUAACGAAUCAGGAGGCACAGACUGAGUUUCAAGUCCCCACGAGGGAGUCAGAUCAUCACAUGGAGAUGAAUCCAAACGCUCAGAUCAUGAGUUCAAAUCCAUCGAACAGUGGGAGUCUCUCGGGUGACAGUUUCAACGAGAGUCAUCGAGAUAAUUUCGAGAUAUCGAGGGAGAUUUACAGGAGUGUGGGGGUAGGGGCUGAGUUUAACGAGUCACCUGGAGGGAACAAUCAGACUGGGCGCGUUGAUUAUCCCUCGGCUCCAGGGGCCGUCGGGAAGAGAAUCGACGUCCCCAGUUCUUCGAAGAAUGAGGCACCAGGGGUGAAGGGACUUGAAGACCCAGAUGACGAUUUGGAGGAUGAGGAGGUCUUCAGGGUAAUUAUUGAGGUGGAGUGUGCUCUGCACCUGCCUACUGUGGAGGUGUCCAAUGGACCAGUCGAGCCCAGCACGUAUGUUACCCUCCAGAAGGCCUUGGGUCGGGAGGAGAGGACUGAUGUGUGUCCCUACAGCUGUAAUCCCAGGUACGACUGGAGGUGCGACACAAAGUUAUCGACUGAGUUCCUGACGAACGACAAGAUGAGACUGAUUAUGAAGGUUUGGAGAUUGGUGGAUGCUGAGGUCGAUGGGAGAAUUGAUCGAGAAAGAGAUAUUGUGAUUGGAUUUUCUGCUGUUGAUUUGUCGAUUCUGACAGCUGGUUUUCCAGUGGUGUCUGGAUGGUUCGAUAUAAACGACUUUUCUGGGAAGACUAAUGGACAGCUGAAGGUUUCUGUGACACCGCUGGAGAAUAUUUCGUCGAUCUCGAGGUGUGGGGGGACUUCUAGAGCCCCAGCCCCUGUGGAUCACUCGAAUUUCUCAUCACCUUAUCCUGAGGAUCUGGAGAGAAUGGCUGGAAGGAACGACAUUCAAACUGCCCCUAAAACCUCUGCUGAAUGUUCUCAAAUCCCAACAGAUUGUGCCUUCGACAUUGCCCUGGGGCUGGGCGACGCUUCCAUGUCAUUUCUGUCCUCAUCCUUGAAACAGAAAUUGACGGAGUUGGAUGAGAUCAAACAGCGCCUCCAGUCUCGCCUCCUGGACGUCACGAGUACAGCCUUUGAAGACGAUUUCGAUAAUGAUUUUGACUUUAUCGAGGGAGAGGGUGAGCCUGAGGGUGACGACAACAACGGAAAUCGUCUGGAUAUUGAAGAUACGUCUGGAGAAGCACUUGUGGACACCAGUUCCCCAGCUAAUGGGCUGGUCAAUCGCAUAACGAAUGGAAAUGGGGAAGUGAUCGGUCAGAUUGAAGUUAAUAAAUUCCAGAACAUCAGUGACAACGUCACCAGCAGUCCAGAGGCGAAUUUAACAGACACAGGCUACUCUUCCGGCUCAAACGUUCAUCAGACUAUUACCAAUGGCCACAUGGCCGACCAAUGGGUCCUCGACGAUCCCGAGAACCUCGAUCCAGUGGUCAAUGGACUGGAGGAUCAGGGGUAUCCAGCUAGAGGCACUCGAAUGCAUAUAAGUCAUUUGUUAGACAAGCUCUCGAUGCAGCUGACCACAGCUCCAGCCCCCAUUGCCAAUCUUCCCAUGAAACGAAACAUCAUGGACUUGAUCAGCAGCCUCAGGAGGAACAACAAUAAUUUCUCCAACGACAUCAAGUGCAAUCGCCAGGCGAAUGUGCGAACUGUACCAACGCAGACUGAUACGAAUUUCCACAGUAAUAGUCAGCCGAAUAAUUUGGAGGUUAAGACCGAGACAAAGAGGAAUAAUUCGACCUCCAGUGGUGAUGAGGAUCGUCUUAAAGAGGAUGAGAUCCCAGCGAAGACUCAGAAGAGGGAGAAAGUAUCGACAAUUGUCAGAGAAGAGCUCAUUAAUGACGAGCAAAAUGAUUCUUCUGAGUACGAUGAACUCUCGACACAUCUCAUUACCUCAAAUAUUCGACACAUGAACUCAAAUGGUAUGGUGAAUCCUCUGUUGUACAGACAUGCACUACCAGAUAUGGAUUUACCUGAAAUGUCAGAGGUGCAGGCAACAGGUCAGACCUCCAGUCCAUCCUUGACGCCUGAUGAUGACACCCUGGAGAGACUGGAGUCCAGGUACUCAGAGAGCUUCAGUGCUACGAUAAACAAGAGCUUGGGGAGAUUGAGGAAUUUUUUGGAUGGGGAAUCCACAUCUCUGGGGACUCGACUGUCACCAGUUGAGAGCACUGAGCUGUUUCGCGUCACUCCGUCUGGAAUACCUGAGAAUACCGAUGGGAACAUCGAUGUAACUGUUAUUCAUAAACCGUGUAAUGACGAGCUGAUGGCAAGCAAUAGCAUGGGAUCUGUAACAACUGUUUCUGAGAAUAACACACUGAGAAGUGGAAGUGAGAUCGAUGAUUGUAGUUCUGUGAAUACAGAGACCUCGGUAUCGGCUGCCUCCAGGCAAGCUCCUGAUGGGGGAAAUACUGUCGAGGAUCCUGGGCGACCAGUCUUGAUGAAAGGGAAGGAACGUCCUGAGGAUUCUUCGUCAGGGAAUUGAAUUUUAAUGGAAGAGGAAUUGAGGUAAUUCGUGAGAAUCUCAAUGAUUAUUCAGAACGGAAUGAGAAGAGAACGAAAAAUUCUGGGGAUACAGAAAAUAAUUCUGAGGACUCUUCCACCGUAAAUCAAACGUUAGAGGGAGCGGGGAUUCACUCUAACUUUUUAACAGAAAAUUUUAUUGUUAAAUCAGCACCAGCUGAAUGCCAGUAUACGUAACUACAAGCAUGAAAGAAUGCAGUCUUCGUGCAGGGAAUUUUCAACUGUUUCAUCUACGACGUUGGAAUUUUUUACAGUAAACAGAUACGUCGUACUCUUCAAUUAGGAAAUACGAGUAAUUACCUAGUGGAAACUCGACGCAUUUACCUUUACCAUAUUUUUUAUAUAAUCUUUCUGUAAAUAGAAGGCAAUUUUUAGUAGUUUUACGUAGGUCUAAGGAAUGUGUAAAUACUACGUGACGUUGAAACAAUAAAACGACCGAGAUAACUGAUA